AAUAAGUAGAAAGAGAGAAUCCAUUUGAGCAGGUGAACUCCUCAUCGACAUUACAAAUCUACUCUGCAAACCCAAACCCUAACCGCUGGACUUGAUCUCUCUUUAAACACAGACAAAAUCCUAAUAGUAAGCCCUAGUGUCCACGCUCUGAAAUCUUUGUAUCAAUUCUUGAAUCAACGAUCCCUUUGGACAUUCUUUUACAAAUCCCUGUGAACCUUUCCAACUGAACCCUAACCCUAAGCUUAAUCUGAUUUUGAGGGUUGGUUAUACAUAUGCUCCACCACCAUCAUCGCCAUGUUAGCAGAGAAGAAAUGGCUCUUCACACUCUUCUCCGCCGCCUUCGUCUCUCUCCUCCUCUUUCUCUCGUCGAUCUCCGGCUUUAACGCUUCUUACGCCUUAUCCUUCCACAAGCCCUUCUCUUCGACGGUCCACCACGGGCUCCAUUACCCGCCGGCAUUCGCCUACUACAUUUCCGGCGGCCGCGGCCACAAGGACCGGAUCCUCAGACUCUUGCUUGCGGUUUACCACCCCAGGAAUCGGUACCUUUUGCAUCUCGGGGCUGAUGCCUCGGACGAAGAGAGAAGACUUUUGGCCUCUGCGGUUAAAUCGGUGCCGGCGAUACGAGCAUUUGGGAAUGUGGAUGUGGUGGGGAAGCCGGAUCGAUUGACGUACAUGGGGUCUAGCAAUAUUGCUGCGACAUUGCGUGCCGCCUCGAUACUCUUGAGAGUUGACAGUGGAUGGAAUUGGUUUAUCACUUUGAGUUCAAUGGAUUAUCCUCUCAUCACACAGGAUGACUUGUCCCAUGUAUUCUCCUCUGUUAGGAGAGAUCUCAAUUUCAUCGAUCAUACCAGUGACCUUGGAUGGAAAGAGUCUCAGCGUGUCCAUCCUAUAGUAGUUGACCCAGGCAUUUACUUGGCAAGAAGGUCUCAAAUUUUCCAUGCUACAGAGAAGCGGCCCACCCCUGAUGGUUUUAAAUUUUUCACAGGUUCUCCAUGGGUCAUUCUGAACAGAUCCUUUCUGGAAUUCUGCAUUCUUGGUUGGGAUAAUCUCCCCCGAACGCUCCUAAUGUAUUUUACGAAUGUAAUUUUGUCUGAUGAAGGUUAUUUCCAUUCUGUCAUUUGCAAUUCACCGGAGUUUAGGAAUACGACUGUGAACAAUGAUUUGAGAUACGUGAUCUGGGACAGUCCUCCCAAAAUGGAACCUCACUUUCUCAAUGUAUCUGAUUAUGAUCAGACAGUUCAAAGUGGAGCUGCUUUUGCCCGACAAUUCCAAAAAGAUGACCCAGUGCUAAAUAUGAUUGAUGAGAAGAUCCUCAAGCGAGGGCGUAACAGAGUUGUUCCAGGGGCAUGGUGCACGGGCAGGAAGAGUUGGUGGAUGGAUCCUUGUUCCAAUUGGGGAGAUGCCAAUGUCUUGAGGCCUGGGCCUCAGGCAAAGAAGUUAGAGGAGUCAGUGACUAACCUUCUUGAGGACUCGAAUUCUCAGUCGAAUCAGUGCAAAUGAAUAUUGAUCAAACUUAAGGAAGGUAUUCUGAAGCGCGGUGCAAUUCUUGUGCAUCUGAAGUAUAUUGACCUGUUUGAAAGACCAUCGGUGAGACAAAUUCUUUGGUUGCUACUGUCUAUAUGUUGUGGGGGUUCCUCUGGUCAUGGGCUUUGACGGUGAACAUGUUCAGGAUAGAAGUUGAUGGAUGGAAGAAUUAAAUUCAUUUGAGGUUUUUGGGCUGUAUUGUGGCUUGGUGUUGAUACUAACGCAGGGCCUGUCAGUCAUUAAAUCAAUAAGAGGAAUGCCUCCCUCUAUGCUCUGCCAUAUUUUCAAGGCCGAUGUAUCUUCAACCAGUCAUUCCAUUUGUCAACUGUUUGCAAUUUGAGGCAGUUUCAUUCUUUGAACCCGAAGUGUAUCGUUUUUCCGAUGAAUCUCUAUCUGCAUACGCAAAAUGCGCCUUUGAUGAUA